CAACACUCUCUGCGUUCGGCUCUUUCGGUCAGCAUGACUUAUUCAUUGGGGAUUCUGCUCUGUGUAGGACUUCUGCACCCGAUUGUGAGGGCCAUCCGUAUGGAUAAACUAGCAGACACCAAGAUAUGUGGAGAUGCAGAAUGCUCAUAUGUUCUCUCCUUGGCCACAGCCUUGGGUGACUUCACAGCUCCUGACUGCAGAUUCAUCAACAUCAAGACGGGUCAGAUGGUCUAUGUGUAUUCUAAACUCAUUCCAGAAGAGGGCGCCGGAGUCUUCUGGUCUGGCAGCCAGGUUUACAGCGAGCGGUAUGUGCACCAGAUGGGCAUCAUUGGAUAUUUUCCUGCAACUAUGGUGAAGGAGACACAGAAGUUUAUAGAAGACGAAGUUAAGAUUCCCACAACUAACAUGGACUUCUACUGUGAAUAGGACAUGCCAAACUAAAGCCUCUUUCUUCUCAAGUCUUGCAGUAGUGGCUUUUAUAAAGGAGCCGUGGUUUCAGACCUUGUCCCAGUACACCCUGGCUGUCGUUUCCAACUGGAAUGAAAACCUGGACACUCUCAAGCCUCCGUAGACCCCAGUCUGACUGUCUUGCUUUGUCUUAACAAUACAUCUAUUAUUAAGACACAAUAAACCCCUUUUCAUGCAUUUCAAUCCAAAAUGUUGAUUAUUUGAAAAGACAAGAAUUUAUUUUCCUGUUUUCCACUUUGACUUUUUGUUUUGGGUUUCGUCGUACAUUUCUGCUGACAUACAGUUUCUUACUUUAAUUAUCUGUAAAUAUAUUCUCCUGUUGCUAUCAAGAUACAUUUGGAAUGCCAAAUAACCUUUUAUUGCAUUUUCAGUUAUACACGGUGUGGCGGUGGGGCGUGGUUAGGCUCAGCUGCAGAGUGGAUGGAGCGGGCGUGUGGUGCAGGGAAGGGUGCUGGGAUGAGAUUUAAUCAGCCUCAGCUGGGGAUGAGGUUUAAUCAGCAUCGGCUGGGGUUAAUCCGUGUGUGUGUGUCUCUCCCCAAUGAAGAGCAGUAGCGACUGGGAAGCAGGGAGAAGGAGCGAGAGGCGAGAGUUUGCAGUCGGUCGCCACACAGCUGUCAUGUUACAUUAUAUGUGAAUAAAAGGUUUUGUGAACUCCAACCAUCCGUGUUGCUGUCGCUGUACGGUCCGAGACUCACAGGGUAACGGAG